ACUAGUGCACAAAGCAAACCUUGCGCUGCACUGUCAAACGCUCUUGCCGCCCUAGUACAAUUAAAACACACUGUGAGCCAACCCGCCAGCAAACUUCACUCAAAAGCUGAAGGGCUGUCAUGUGCUGUCCGCUCUCUGAUGUAAUCAGCGGCGGUGAGAUUAAAUUCAUAUCUCAAUAAAUUUCCAACCGAGAAACAUCGUGCGGUCCCGCAAAACACGCGCUGUGAGCAAGAAGGAAAAAAAACGUUCUGCUGAAAAUUGCACUCGUGGUGAUAGUUCAGCGAAAAGCACAAACAACGUGCGGAGAUGUGGAGUUCUGUGAUACAAAGUGCAAAAAAACACGUGCCGUAAAUGCAACCUCUUGCAUCCGAAGAAACCUGCCCGGAACAACUUUCAUCUUCUGCGCCCGGGUCCAAGUGACCACACGCAGUCGGAGAAGACCCCGUACGCGAGCCUAUGCUGCUGCUGGGUGAAUCGAUUUUAAUUCAAUUAAGACAAAGCAAGCGCCGACCUGCUACAGUGAGCCCCCGAACCCAUUCGUUCGCAGUGCUGCGUUCUUAAUCGUUUGCUAGCCGAGGUAGUGUACAGUUCACAGCACCACAGCGCGGUAGUGCCGGCUGGUGUCGGAAGUUAUUUGCCUGCUACCGAAGGAAACACAAAUAUAUCAGCUUCCGGUGAGAAACAGACACACACACACACACGCGCGUAUACACGCAAGGCUGGCCGAGAACGCGGAACCAACAGCAGCAGCUGCAGCAGAAUCCUUCCCGGACGACGGUGUUAUUGUGCUGAGGAGCCGCCGAAACAUGAAGAAGCGCGGCGGCAGUCCACAGCCCGCUCCGCCGCCCCGGCCGGCCACGGCGGACGGUGGCAUUGGCAGUGAAUCGCUGCUGCACGCCUCGCAGCACACGAUGGCGGUCAACGAGUUUAAGUUCAUUAACGAACGGCCGGUCGACGAUAUCUCGCUCAACUUCUUCUACAAACCGCACACGAUCACGCUGCUGGCCGUGUCGAUAUUCGGCGUGAUGUACUUUGCCUUCGUCCGUGAUCAGUCCGAUAUACAGGAAAACAUUUGGGCCGGCAUGGUUUGCGUCAUAUUCUUCUUCCUGAUCAUCUCCGUGCUAGCGUUCCCGAACGGUCCGUUCACGCGCCCCCACCCGGUGGUGUGGCGAAUGCUGUUCGGCCUCUCGGUGCUCUACCUGAUGCUGCUACAGUUUCUAAUGUUCCAGGACUAUAAAUCAAUUAUGGGAAUUUUCUACUGGUUCGAUCCGAAGCUGCGAGAUUUCCACAUCGACAUGGAGAAGCAAUAUGCCGCCAACUGUUCGGACAUGUCGUUCGAGCGCAUCUGGUCCCACGUGGACGUGUUUGCCUGGGGCCACUUUCUGGGCUGGGCCUUCAAGGCGGUGCUGAUCCGCCACAUGGGCAUCCUGUGGGCCAUCUCGGUGAUGUGGGAAAUUACGGAAAUCACGUUCGCCCAUCUGCUGCCCAACUUUGCCGAAUGCUGGUGGGACGCGCUGAUACUGGAUGUGCUGGUGUGCAAUGGGUUCGGCAUCUGGUGCGGGCUGAAGAUCUGCAAGCUGCUGGAGAUGCGCGAGUACAAGUGGGCCAGCAUACGGGACAUUUCCUCGACGACGGGCAAGCUGAAGCGGGCGGUGCUGCAGUUUACGCCCGAAAGCUGGGCACCGGUACGGUGGCUCGACCCGAAGUGUACCUAUAUGCGGUUCUUUGCCGUCAGUCAGCUUGUUUUGCUGUGGCAGCUAACUGAAUUAAACACGUUCUUCCUGAAGCACAUCUUUGAAAUGCCUCCUUCACACCCGGUGGUCAUCGGUCGGUUGGUUUUUGUCGGACUUUUCACGGCGCCCUCGGUCCGGCAGUACUACAUCUACGUCACGGACACGCGCUGCAAGCGCCUGGGCACACAGUGCUGGGUGUACAUCGCCAUCCUGGUGUCGGAGGCAAUACUGUGCAUCAAAAACGGCAAGGAGCUGUUCGAACGCACCCAGGUCAAGAACAUCGUCGUGUGGCUAAUCAUACAGGCCGUACUGUCGGUGCUGUUUGUGUACGGUUGCAUGCUGUGGCACCGAUACGUUGAGGAAGAUGAUUCACGAGACGGAUCUCCGGUGAAGCAGGUCAACCGCACGUUCAAAGAUUCGGCCAUCGUAUCGGGCGACUCGAAAGGAAUCAAGGGUGGUUCUUCCUCGGCCAAAAGCUCACCCCACUCUACGCCCACCAAAAAAGUUCGAUCUCAGCAGCAAGGGAGCAGUAUUCCGCUAGGUACAGCCGGCAAGUCAGUCCGCGAACAUGUUGAGUAAAUAGAGUUCGAGGUGCAAAACUAAGCGCGCACUGCUCGCCAGGGAAUAGCUUUCCUUACACCACUUUCACGUUUCCCGUUUAACCAGCAGUUACACUAGUUCGUUCGUACGCUGCAUGCUUGCUGCAGCAUGCGAACCAUUUUUAAUACCUCCUUUCCGAAUCCUACUUGCUUGUUAAUCCAUUUCUAAACUAUCUAUUCGCUAAAAGAAUUGCAAUACGUAGGAAGAAGGCGUAGACUGUAAGAUGUGUGUACCAUCUUUCUUUCGGGUUUUGUUUUUAAACAUACACACAACUGUUCGAAACCAAAUAGAGCUUGGCACAGGGAAGUAGAAAAAUCAUACAGACGCUCGAAGGAGCUCGGCUGGAGUUGGCACUCCUUAGCGCUUGGGUCAAACCAACAGCCAGCGCCCGAAAUACUCUUACCAUGCUCUGCUUAGUAUGUUAGUUCUCGUUUGUUUUAGGUUAUUGUGCCUGGUUUUUGUUUGUUUGUUUAGCUAGUUAUGUUUGAAAAUUAUAAAAAAAAAUGCUUCCCUGCCCUGCUACUGUUGCAUAUUCCUUGCGUAUGUCUGCUCCCCACCCAGAGGUAAACGGUGUAACACUGUUUACCUGUUGCUUGUUUUUAGGCGUAGUUAACAAUCUAUCAGUGCACACCAUCGACAAAUCUUACCGAAUUCUAUCGUUUUCUCUAUCACCCGCUGUCGAGAUACAUGCUAUUAGACAAACACUAACAAGUCGACUGCAAAAGUGCAAACCGGAGAGUUCCGAGUUAAAGGCUGAAUGAAAUGUAGUUUUUACCAAACACGUUGUAGGGCGUGCAGGUGUGUUAGCUAGGGAUUUGUGACUCAAAUCUUAAGACGGCGAUGUGAUUGUUACAGCUGAUAGAGAGGUAGUGAUAGUAGCAAUAGACCAAACAGCAGCAGUCAUACCGAAGACGACAACCGUUUCCUCCGACAAAGACGCUAUGUGUUUUUGUGUUAUUGUAAAAGACACUGUGUGUGUGUGUGGUAUAUGUUCCCAAAUGCGAUGGGAAUACCUAUUAUACGCAGACUCGCAACGACACUCUGAUGCAGCCGUACAAAUUGUAUUGCGAAUAAUUAAAUGUAAUAAAUGAAGAAACAACAGAGAGACUACAACAGGAAGAGGGAGAGCAUUUGCCACCGCGUUUGUGGCAAGUAACAAUUAAGAAAAGAAAAGGUGGUUAUAUGCUGCUCCGGAUCUAGUACAACAAACUGCGGCUUGAAGAGGUAGUAAUUGUCGGAAGGGAUCUGUUCAGUUUGUAGAGGAUUGAAACAUCCGCAAGCUUCCUAUUUUAUUUAUAUAGGCCGUGCGCUAUGGAGUACUGUACAAAAACGCUGGUACAUAAGCGAACCACAAGCGUGCUAGUUUACCUUACUAUUUGAACUGUAUUGUAAGCCCUUUGUGCAUCCAGGGUAUCCAAAUUCUCGAUCAUAUGCGCUUCGCUGAAAGAAUGAUUCGACGUGAUCGCCAUUAUACGCCUUGCUGUACACACCUUAAUGAAAACGGUACAUUAUUUAUCUACAUAUCUUUCUUCCACAACAUACAGCUAUAGACGGAAAGCAAUUUUAUAACGUUUCAAAUCUAACCGUAUUCAACUGUCGCGCGUUCGGUUCUACUCUUAAGACUUUGCGCGAGUAGGUAGUUGCGCGCAAUAUCUCAAUUUGAAACUGAAAAUCGAUCCGAGCAGAUGGUAGGAGCUAAUGUGUGGAACGUUCUGUCCUUGCGUUACUUUAUAGGCAAAAAUCUCUCUAGUCAGUAAGAAGAAAAGGAAAGAAAGAAUGUUUGGAGCAGUUGACUACACUGUCACGGUAUAUAGAAUGUAAGAUAGUUUUACCAAAUGUUACUGUCAUGCGUUACAGCAAAACAAAUCCCAUCCGCACGGUCGCGUCAAAGUUUGAAGGGGUAUAGCUUCUUUAAGCUCUUUUGAUCAAACGAUGGAUCCAGCUGUAGGUAGAGCGUGACAGUAAUGAGGCGCAAAGCCACAGAAAGUUUAUUUUAAGUAGGUUUUUGUUUGGAAGUAAUGUACUACGCUGGGUACCGGGAAACAGCCAUCUGCUGCUAUAAGUAUAGUUUACGUUAAUAAUAGUUUCACGGUAUGUUCUUCGCUGGAAAGAACGCUGGAACGGCAGAAUAUGCAAAUAAUUAAACCAAAAAACAUUUAAAAAAACACAGACACACAGGCAAAUGUAGGAUUAAGAUAUAGUUAUUAGUAAAUGAAUGUGUUGUGUGGUUGCAAUUGUUUUCUAUACAUGAUCCCAUUUUUUAUUUGUUUUACAACAGGAAUGGAAAACGAAUUACAAUGAAUUCAAUAAGAAACACUAUGUUAAGAUGGCGAUGGUGAUGAUUUACU